CUCACUUUGUAGACCAAGCAGGCCUCAAACUCAGAGACCCACCUGCCUUUGCUUCUACAGUGCAGAGUUUAAAGGUGUGGGCCACCAUGCCUGGCUGGCUCGGAAGAACUUUGAACCCCAGAUCCUCUUUCCUCAGCCUGACUGCAAAACGUUUGUUUGUGAAAAGCUCUAUGCAGUAGUCCUGGGUUUUUUUUCCAAGCUGGCAAUGUAGACCAGGCUGGCCUCAAACUCCCAGGAAUGCUCCUGCCUCUGCCUCCACCUUCAGAGUGCUUGGAUUAAAGGCAUGUACCACCUCUGCCCACCUGAGUACUGGAAUAACAACAGUCACAUGCAGCCAUGCCCAACGGCAUCAACUGUGGGACAGUGGAGAGCAGAGCUACUCCAACUUUAUCUGCCUUCUUUAUUAGGAGUAACUCCCUCAUCACCAAGGGUGUUUUUGCAAGGAGAGCAUACCCAGGCAGCUUGAAAAAGCACUCUGCUGACCCUCCAUGGUCUCCAGUCCAGUCAGCCACACCUCCCCUUGGACUUAUACGGUCAUCUCUGUUGAUGUUGCCUGUGUGGGAAUCUUGUUUACUGGGUGUCUGAUUUCCUCUCAAAGGUCAAGCUGGAGUUUGGGGCACAGCGGACUGAAAAACAUUCCUGGCUUCUGAAGAAUUAGGCACUUGAUUUUGUUGGCUUAAAAACAGUUUGCUUCGUGGCUGGCUGUCAUGGGUAUUAACAUAGACUGAGCAAGACCUGGAGCAGGUCUCCGUCCCCUUCCCCUGUUGAAGGGCAUGCUUCAUGCCCAAAGAGUAUCUGAUGCGGACCUGGAAGGCUCCUUCAGCUGUCUUAAGUGCUGAUGACAGGCUGGGCAGAACACCAUGCUGGCUGUCAGCCUGCUGAGGGACAAAUCUGGACGGGAAGGGCAGCCUCGAGACUAGCCAGUUGGGAAAUCGCAUGAAGCCUGGUUUCAUCAUGAGAAUUCCCAAGGCAUUAGGUAAGUGGAGAAAGAGUUGGUAGGAAAGCGUUGGAGUUUGGACGUGGAGUUCCUGAUCCUGGAGGCUGGCCUAGUGGCUGGACGCUGGGACCCCAAGAGGCUGUGGCCCGGGAGAAACUAAAGUUGGAGGAAGAGAAGAGGAAGAAACUGGAAAGAUUUAACAGCUCCAGACUGACUCUGGACAAUCUGACAGACUUGGAAAACUUGGUUCAAAGACGAAGAAAGAAACGACAGAGAUGCAAAGUCCCCCCCAGGGAACCUGAGUCUGGGGUUGAGCCUCAGCCCCAGGUCCCACUGGAGCCUGUGGGCCUGGAAAUGUUUCUGAAGGCAGCUGCUGAGAACCAGGAGGCCCUGAUUGACAAGUACCUGGCAGACGGAGGGGACCCCAAUGCCCAUGACAAGCUCCACCGCACAGCCUUGCACUGGGCCUGUCUGAAGGGCCACAGACAGCUGGUGGACAAGCUGCUGGCGGCAGGGGCUGCUAUAGAAGCACGGGAUUUGCUGGACAGGACACCUGUGUUCUGGGCCUGCCGUGGGGGACACCUGGACAUUCUCAAGCAGCUGCUUAACCAGGGAGCUCAGGUCAAUGCACAGGACAAGAUCUGGAGCACCCCUCUCCAUGUGGCAGUGCGCAUGGGGCACUCGGACUGCCUGGAGCACCUCAUUGAGUGUGGCGCCCACAUCAAUGCACAGGAUAAGGAAGGGGACACAGCACUCCACGAGGCUGUGCGCUACGGGCACCACAAAGCCACGAAGCUGCUGCUGCUCUAUGGCGCCAAGCUGGGCAUGAAGAACGUGGCCUCCCUGACACCAGUGCAGCUGGCUCGAGACUGGCAGCGGGGCAUCCGGGAAGCCCUCCAGGCCCACGUGGGGCACCCCCGCACCCGGUGCUGAUGACUGGCACCCGUGGGUCACUCACAGCCACCAUUCCACACCCACCCACCACCCCAGUCCCAAUUUCUCUCUGGCUUUGCUUCCUUGGGCCUGAGGUGACAGGUAGAGCAGGCCUCCUGGGUUUCAGUGAGGAACACUGUUCCCUGCCAGGGCUGGAGCAGAGGACCACAGGGCAAGAAACAAAGGGGUCCAGAUGAGGCCAGGGCACAAGUGAGCAGACGGGUGCUACCCUCAGCUAGGUCUAGGCCUCGGUCUACCAACCCUCAGACUAGGAGACUGGUCUUGGCCUGUCUUCCUGAAGGAGACAUUUGGAUGUGGCCAGCAGCUGCAUCCAUGGCAUGUGAGAAGAGGCCACCUGAGUGCCAGGCACCAGUGCAGGUCACAUCUGUCCUUUGGGCAGCGUUUCUCCUGGGACUUCAUUUCUAGCAGUAGCGACCCUGGUAGUGAGUGUCUGGAGUAGUUCCAGCCAUCUCUAGUCUUCAGCACUCUGAAAGGGGGGUGGUUCUGGCAGGCUGAGGGGCAUGUCAGCAGGACUGAGGCCCCACAGAAGCCAGUACCUACCAGGUUGCCCCGGAAGUUGGAGAGUGAUGAGCUGGAACUAGUGUUACUCUGGAGAAACUACCUAAAGGCUUCGGGCAGCCUGCUUGCCUUAUGUGAGGGUAGGGCGCUGGGUGCCGGGGAUUGCUUGUGGCCCACUCAACUCUUGGGGCGGUGGCCCGCAACCCUAACUCACCCUGAGGCUCUAAUGCCCCCUGGUGCUUGAGAAAGCACCCGGACUAGGAUCUGUAGGCCCUGCACACUGAGGAGUCCUGCACCUUGCUUUGGGACAAGGUCAACAGUACACAUACCUCUCUGGUCCCUGUGCUGACUGGUGGUGUAAAGAGGACUUCACACAGGCUCCCUCGUGGCUGCCUUCCUUCUAGCUGUUUCCAGCCUCACUGGUGUAAACUUGUACUGCGGGCAGGCUGGCUCCUUAAAUGCCAGGAAGUUGCCGAAGCCACAGCUGAGUGAAGGGGCUAAAAGGUGAAGGCUCUGCCUCCCGCAGAGCCCCCCAGCUGAAGCCCAUUUUGCAGCAGUUAUAUUUUGAUUAAUUUUGGCAGCCUCUCUGGCCAUCGUUACUAUGUGAAGGACCUGACUAGUGUUCCCUCCUAGGGGCACAUAUGUAUCUUUCCACGGGGCAGACCCUGCCCCGUCAUACCAGCCUGCGUGCACCUCGACACUAGGGCUGUGGCCAACACAGACAUUCAAGACUGCUCAAUAUGACGACUCCUCAGAAAUGAGGACACUUAAUUGACACACACAGCACCUUUUUAUACAGAUCAAUGGUUUCUCAUUAAACUGAUUAUUCGCCUCA